GUCGACAAUUACAUGCCUAUUUCUCCCUAUACCAAUCCCUUCACAGCUCUACAGGUUUAAUGAUUCAUGGUUUUCGUUUAAAGAACUUAAUUCGGCAUUCUUCACUUUACAUCACAUCAGCACAUUCGAGAAUCACAACCUACACAACCACCCACCAUGGCGAGACAGAACGGCCAAAACUUCCGCCGUAUGGGCAAGAACGGCAACACUUCCUACGGCUCACGGAAGAUGAAGACGGCAGACAUCUCCACACUACGGGGAUCAGAAGCAACAUCACAAAAUGAGAAACUCGAGGCCACACGGCUCGCCCACAAGAUCGACGAGGCCAUGGGCUUUGAACGCUUCGAGGCCGGGAGGAAAAGAGAAGGAUGGCUUAUCAACAUGCACAGCACCACCAUCGAAGACACAAAGAACCAAGGAGGUCGCGCGGGCGUCGACUUUUACUUUCUCCAAGACGACGGAAAUACUUUCAAGGCCACCGUCGAGUACGAUCCGUAUUUCCUGAUUGCCGUGAAGCGAGGCAAGGAGCCAGAAGUCGAAGAGUGGUGCAAGAGAUCCUUUGAGGGUAUGGUGAAGACCGUUCAAAGGAUAGACAAGGAGGAUCUGUCAAUGCCAAACCACUUACUCGGACACCGAAGGAAUUUCCUCAAGCUCACAUUCGCAAACGUAAACGACCUAUUACAAGUUAGAAGAGGCAUCUCACCCGUCGCCGAAAAGAACAAGAGCAAGAUGAACGCCAUGGACACAUACGCAGAAGUCGCAACUGCAAACGCCGGAAUGGACUUGUUCGAUGACGACUUCGACCAAGCGAACAAGGCCAGCAUCUUCGACGCCAGCGACUUCAUUGUCGACAUCAGAGAGUACGACGUACCGUACCACGUACGAGUAGCCAUCGACAAGGACAUCCGAAUAGGAAAAUGGUACACCGUCGAGGCGAAGCACGGUCACAUCACAUUGACAUGCAUCGAGGAGAGGUUACAACGUGCUGAUCCUGUCAUUCUGGCCUUUGAUAUCGAGACUUGCAAAGCACCGCUCAAGUUCCCCGACGCUGCAGUCGAUCAGAUUAUGAUGAUUUCGUACAUGAUCGAUGGCCAAGGUUUCCUCAUCACAAAUCGAGAAAUUGUCUCCGAGGAUAUUGCCGACUUCGAAUACACGCCCAAGCCCGAAUACGAGGGACCUUUCCUAAUUUUCAACGAGCCGGACGAGAGAGCUUUGCUGGAACGCUUCUUCGAUUGUAUCAAGGAAGCGCGUCCAACAAUUAUCGUCACAUACAACGGUGACUUCUUCGAUUGGCCGUACGUCGAAGCUAGAGCUAGUAUUCAAGGCAUCGACAUGUACCAAGAGAUCGGCUUCCGUAAGAACAGCGAGGACAUCUACCAGUCAAAUUACUGCGCACACAUGGACGCCUUUGCCUGGGUCAACCGUGACAGUUACUUGCCGCAAGGAAGUAGAGGUCUGAAAGCCGUCACAGUUGCCAAACUUGGCUACGACCCCGAUGAACUGGACCCGGAACUGAUGACACCUUAUGCUCAGGAACGACCACAGACUCUGGCCGAGUACUCUGUCUCAGAUGCCGUGGCGACAUAUUAUCUCUACAUGAAAUACGUACAUCCUUUCAUUUUCUCGCUAUGUACCAUUAUUCCCCUAGGACCAGAUGAUGUGUUGCGAAAGGGUACUGGUACACUUUGCGAGAUGUUGCUCAUGGUCCAAGCAUAUCAGAAGGAGAUUGUACUGCCCAACAAGCAUCAAGCACCACGAGAAUCCUUCUGGGAAGGCCAUCUACUGGAGUCAGAAACUUAUGUUGGUGGUCACGUCGAGAGUAUUGAAUGUGGUGUCUUCCGCGCCGACAUUCCAUGCAACUUCGCGGUGGAUCCUGCCGCCAUCGAGGAACUAAUCAAAGAACUCGACAACGCACUCAAGUUCAGUAUCACAGUGGAAGAGAAGAAGUCAAUGGAUGACAUUGAGAACUAUGAAGAAGUCAAGGCACAGAUCUUGGAGAGGCUCAUCCAACUCAAGGAGACCCCAAACCGCAAAGAGAAGCCUCUGAUCUACCAUUUGGAUGUCGCAUCUAUGUAUCCCAACAUCAUGACGACAAAUCGUCUGCAACCAGAUUCCAUGAUCGAGGAAGCAGACUGCGCUGCUUGCGACUUCAACAGACCUGGCAAAACUUGUGAUCGAAGAUUACCCUGGUCGUGGAGAGGAGAGUACUUGCCUGCGAAGCGCGACGAGUACAACAUGAUUCGCCACGCUCUCGAGAGUGAAAAGUUCCCUGGCAAAUAUGCGAACAGCUUAGCUCGAAGUUUCCAAGACCUGUCUCUUGAUGAGCAAUCGGUACUGGUCAAGAAACGACUACAAGAUUACAGCAAAAAGAUCUAUCACAAGAUUCACGAGGCCAAAACGAUCGAGAAGGAAGCCAUCAUCUGCCAACGAGAAAACCCAUUCUACGUCGACACCGUCAAGGACUUCCGUGACAGAAGAUACGAUUUCAAGGGAAAGCAGAAGGUCUGGAAAGGCAAAACUGAAGACUUGAAGAAAGCUGGUGCUUCCGCUGCUGAAGUCGAUGAUGCCAAGAAGAUGAUCAUUCUGUUCGAUUCUCUACAACUGGCUCACAAGGUCAUCUUGAACAGUUUCUACGGUUAUGUCAUGAGAAAAGGUUCUCGCUGGUACUCCAUGGAGAUGGCCGGUGUCACUUGUUUGACUGGUGCCCGAAUCAUUCAAAUGGCCAGACAGCUGGUUGAACGCAUCGGAAGACCCCUCGAACUCGACACUGACGGUAUUUGGUGUAUUCUUCCUGCGACUUUCCCUGAGAACUUCGCAUUCAAGCUGAAGAAUGGCAAGAAACUCGCCAUAUCAUACCCUUGCGUCAUGUUGAAUCAUCGUGUUCACGAUGGAUUCACCAACCAUCAAUACCAGGAACUGGUCGAUCCUCAAAACUUCCGCUACGAGACACAUAGCGACAACACUAUUUUCUUCGAAGUCGACGGACCUUACAGAGCCAUGAUCCUGCCAACCUCCAAGGAAGAAGACAAGAAUUUGAAGAAGCGUUAUGCUGUAUUCAACCACGAUGGUACUCUUGCUGAGCUGAAAGGUUUCGAAGUCAAACGUCGUGGUGAGCUCAAGCUGAUCAAGAUCUUCCAAACACAGAUCUUCAAGUUCUUCUUGGAAGGCACAACGCUUGAGGAGACUUAUGGUGCAGUCGCCAAGGUUGCCAACAGAUGGCUGGAUGUUCUUGACUCUCAUGGUUCCACUCUGGCUGAUGAAGAGCUCAUUGAUCUUAUUUGCGAGAACAAGAGUAUGGCCAAGACACUCGAGGAGUACGGCGCUCAAAAGUCAACCGCCAUCACCACAGCGAAGCGUCUCGCCGAGUUCUUGGGUGAGCAAAUGGUCAAGGACAAGGGCUUGAACUGCAAGUACAUUAUCUCAUCACGACCCAGAAACUCUCCCGUCACGGAACGUGCCAUUCCGGUCGCCAUCUUCUCGGCUGAAGAGUCGGUCAAGAAGCACUACCUUAGAAAGUGGAUGAAGGAUGACCCGGGUGACAUGGAUCCUCGUACCGUCAUCGACUGGAACUACUACCUUGAACGUCUGGGAUCGGUCAUACAGAAGCUGAUUACAAUUCCUGCUGCUCUGCAGAAGAUUCGCAACCCUGUUCCUCGUGUUGCUCAUCCCGAUUGGCUUGAGCGCAGAAUCAGAAUCAAGGAUGAUGUCUUCAAGCAAAAGAAGAUGACAGACAUGUUCCUGAAGAAGCCUUUGGAGGAUGUUGACCUCAACGCCGCCAACGGAAGAAUUGUCGGAGAUCUUGAAGAUUUUGGUUCGUCUUCAUUGACUGUACCAAAGAGAGCCAUUGUCUCGAGAGUUCACUCGUCGCAGAAGCGAAAGGCUGCUGAAGUCGAGCCUGCUGCACCUAUCAACCCUUACGACAGUCUUCCUCCGAACAUGCCUUCCAUCACAGAGGACUACGAGGGCUGGCUUCAGUACCAAAAGAAGAAGUGGAAGAUUCAAAAGCAGGCUCGCAAGAGAAGAAGACAGCUCUUCGGUGAAAAGCGUGUUGACAAUACCGAUGCCAUUGGCAAUAUGUUCCGCAAUCAGAGUGAGUUGAUGUACAACUCGACCUGGCAGAUUCUACAGCUCUGCGAGGGUGAGAGCCCUGGCGAAGUCAAGGCUUUCGUCUUGAUUGACCAAAAGGUUCAUCAGCUCAAGGUUGUGGUACCGCGUCAAGUCUUCCUCAACUUGAAGGGAGACGAUCUGCCCGAUGUAUCUGUGGAUGGUGUGGAGGCGGAGAAGGUGGUCAACUACACUCUGCCGAAUGGCCAUCCUUCGGUGCAUCUCUUCAAGCUCAGCAUGCCUGAACAUGUCUACAUCAAAGACGCGGAUAAGCUUGCAGCACUUUUCAACCACUCCAGUGUUGAAGGUGUGUACGAGACGCAAGUACCGCUGGACAUCAGAGCAGUUCUGGAGCUCGGCAGCACCUGCACCUUUGAUGAAAAGCAAGCAGGUGUUUUGGGUAAAGGUAUGACCCACGGUUUCGACCUGUCUGCACUGCACUACGUGCCUCCCAAGCAACCUUACCUAUCUUCCUCGCCCAUGAGCUACCUCUACCUCUACCACGUCAUUGCUGGCGAGCGCCAGAUCUUUGCUCUAUUCUCCACUUCCAAGAAGGAGGCCCAGAUUGUUGUCCUCAACAGAUCCCGUGCUGAUCAAGGUAUGCCUAAUGUCGACCGUAUCUAUCAAGACAUGUAUGCCAAGAAGCUGGAGGAAAGCAAUGGAGAGCCAUGGCAAGAUGUUUUGGAGUAUCAAGAGGGCAUUCACUUCAAGACUGUCAACGUCACUACCAAGAAGAGAGCACUCCAGGAAGUCGGCGAUGCCAUCAAGAAGAUCCAGAAAGAGGAGGCCAAUCCUCUUAUGGUGGUCAUCCAAUCUCAACAGCCUCGUCUGCUGAGACAUGAUCUGCCCAUUCUUCAAGAUUUGCCUAUGCUGCCUCUAAAAUCUGAUGAAGACGACAAGAGACUGCCUCCGCUGGGAUGGCAGUCAUUCGUUGCCAAGAGAUUGGUUGGACAUUACCUUGACCUCGGAUCGUGGAUAACACACCUGAUCGAGCUCAGUCGCUACGGCAAUGUUCCUCUCUGCAACCUCGAGAAGGACGAUCCACGCUUCCUGAUCGACAUCUCGUACGCACGAAGAUUGCAAAAGGAGAAAGUGGUGCUUUGGUGGUCGGCCAACCCACGUCCUGAUCACGCAGGCUAUGAGAAGGAUGACAUUCUCGCUGCUAUGGAGACUGUGGAUAUGCCUUCUGUCAACAAUCCCGGAACCUACUCUUCUGUCUGCAUCGAUCUCAGUGUCAAGAAUCUGGCAAUCAACACCAUUUUGUGUUCUGCAGUUCUCAAUGAUGCUGAAGGUGCCGAUUCGAUGGGCUUGUCUAUCCCGCCGCCCGGUGAAGAAGGCAUUGAGGAUAUCUCGCAUGUUGCCUCUGGCGAAAACACAUUUGCUCAAGCAGGUAUCAUGGCUUUGAGAGAGAUGGUCAGAGCUUGGUGGGAAGAAGCUUGCCGUGGUGGUGGCAUGGCAGAUGUCAUGGUUCAACAUCUGGUACGCUGGAUUGAAAACCCUGGCUCCUUCUUAUACGACAAGUCAUUGCACUACUACGUGCAAAUGAUGUCAAGGAAAGCUCUGCAGCAACUCAUGUCCGAGUUCAGACGUGUCGGUUCGCAUGUGGUGUAUGCUAGUGCAAAUCGCCUGCUGUUACAAACCACCAAGGCCGAAGUCGGCAAUGCCUACGCCUACAGUCAGUACAUCCUCAAGACGGUCAACGCCAAGCCAUCCUUCAACUUCCUCGAUCUCAGCAUCACCGAAUACUGGGACUACCUAAUCUGGUACGACGAGUUCAACUACGGAGGAAAAGGAUGUGCAGAAGUCGUCGAAGUCGAAAACCAAACCCUCAACACAAUCAUGGAGUGGCAGAUCGGCACCUUCUUACCUCGCAUCUUACAACCCAUGUUCAAUGAUUGGGUUGUCGAAUACAUCAAUCUCAUGCACGCGCGCAAAAGACCUUCGGAAACAUCAAGCGGUGCUCCUCGACCGACUCAACUUCCCAUCCACGCGUCCAUUUUCGCUUCCGAAAAGGACGAUCAAACGACUCCUGGACAUGUGCUGGCGAAAUCGUUUUCCAAACCGCUGGCGAAACAGAUCAAAGCUUUGAUCAAACGUCAACGCACGGAAGCCAUGCACGAAGAUCUCGCCGCCGAUUGGAGUUUCCCCAUCCUCCCUGGUUCCUCUGGCAGUCUUCAGAAUCCAGUCUUGCAAUUGGUGAAAUCCAUCAUGCAAGUGCUGAGUCUGGAUAAAACCAUAACUCUAGAAGCCCGCCUCCUCCGCAAAGAAUUGUUGCAUCUUUUCGAAAUCCGCGAAUUCAGCGCCGAAGGUGCUUUUGCGAAUCCUUCGAAUAGUCUCGCUAUCAAGCAGUUGUCAUGUCCGGAAUGCUGUCUUCCCAGGGAUAUAGACCUCUGUCGCGAUUCCGACAUCAUCCCCACCUCCGCAACCACUGCUCCUUCCACCACCAGCACCACCACACAUUCACUAACAAUCCACUGUCACAAUUGCACCGCCCUCUUCGACCGCCUACUCAUCGAAGAACGCCUGCUCGCCGAAGUACAAAAACUGAUCCUGCAAUGGACGACGCAGGAUCUGAAAUGUGGCAAAUGUGGACGCAUCCGCCAGAAUGAAUUCAUGGAACAUUGCAGUUGUGCUGGGGAGUGGGGGGUCAGUGUUAAAAGGGAGGAAGUGGUGAAAUCACUCAAGGUUUAUGGGGGCGUGGGCAGGUUUUAUGGGAUGAGGAUGUUGGAGGAUGUGGUGGGGGGUGUGGUUGAUGGUGUGUGAGGGAAGGGGAUGGAGGGGAUGAGGGAAGGUAUGGAUGGAUGGGGUUUGUCAUUUGUUGGGAAUGGCGUUUAGGGGAGGGGGGCAUUGCUGGAGUUGAGAUGGGAAGAUGGGGAGAUGAGCGAUAUGUAUAUAUUUGCUGAACUACAAAAUUAUGAUGAAGAUUAUCACAUCACAUUGCUUUAGUUUUUUGCAAGGUAGUUGUGCAAUAUCAAGAGUCUUGUGGGAAGUGUCCUCGGAGGUUGAGAAUUUCGCUGGCAUAUAGUAGCAG